ACAGUCGUUGUCUCACUGUCGCGAUAAUCGCUCGUGGCCCUCUCAGCGUUAAAAUCAGCUGGUGAUUUCGUGGUUGCGUAUUUUAUUACGCUCCUAUAAUAUCUUGUGACGUGUGUUUUGUUUAUUAUUCCCAAGCUGUGGUGCGAAAUGGAGCCCCCCGGCGGGAGAGAUUCCCGUUUUCAAUUAGGUUACAAUAUGAACUUGUUGAGCGGCGAAACGCCACCCGAAAUUUACGGGGGAAGUUUAGGGCGACCGUCGACGAGUUUGCAACAACUUUCGCCCAGACACACGAUGGUGUCGAGUGCCUGUGGGACUAGGGGUGGUCUUAAAUCGGACGGAUGCUACGACGAUCGGGGAAUCACCCCCCAACAUGGAAUGGGUUUCGAAGCGAGCGGCGUUAACGAUAUUCAUGACGAAUCGUACAGCUCGUUACAAUCGAAAAAAUCGCCACCGAGCAAUGGCAAAAAGACCAAAGGACGCGUUAAAAUCAAGAUGGAAUACAUCGAGAACAAACUGAGGCGGUACACGACGUUUUCAAAGCGGAAAACAGGAAUUAUGAAGAAGGCGUACGAGUUGUCGACCUUAACGGGCACGCAAGUAAUGUUACUUGUAGCCUCCGAAACUGGUCACGUCUACACCUUCGCCACCAGAAAACUUCAACCAAUGAUCACAUCGGAAGCUGGCAAAGCACUGAUCCAAACGUGCCUUAAUUCACCCGAUCCUCCCGUGGGAUCAGCAGGAGGCGACCAACGCAUGUCCGCCACUGGUUUCGAGGAAACCGAACUGACCUACAACAUUUCCGACGAGGACUCCAAAGAAAACGCCUGUGAGACAACUAGCGAUGCCGAAGAAUACGACGAUGACUUAUCAGAAGAGGAGGUUGAGGAGCUACCUAGAAAAAUAUCGAAAAUAUGCGACCCUACUUCGCAAAAUUCACAAAUAUCGACAGAUUCUUCUUCGUCCGAGUCAAAAAAAGCAAAAACUGUAGACACACGGGAUGACCAAUCGGCAAUAAUAAGUCAACUAAAACAGAUAAAUGAUGCCCUAAUUCAAUCUAAUAAAGCUAAAGCAGAUUCUUCACAAAGCUUUCCAACAAUUACAAAUCCACUCCCUUUCUCACCUUCAGCGUGUCCUAUUCUACCUUCAGCAAUACCUCCAGUUUCAUCAUUACCUUCACCACAAUUAAUUUCAACACCAAUACACCAAGCAGCUGUUGCAAUAUCAGAAAAUGAGAAACCAGUGCCUUUAAUCGUUCAAACUGGAAAUGGAAUGGGUUUCGCAAGUGUUUCGGAUGGAAUGAUUUUGGGAAUGAUCAAGGGGCCUGGCGAAACGAAAUUUGUUGCAAUGCCCAUAGGUUCGGUCGUCAAUGGUGGAAUAAUGAAUGUUAGUGAUUCUAAUAUGGUUCAAGAGCAACGGUAGUGAUAAUUACUCCAGUUAUAUCAGGCCGGAAAAAGCAGCAUCUGCUGAAAAAAUCCGAGUUAGCCUAAAUUUUGUCUACACCUUUAUUUUACUUCAAGAAAUAAUGUCUUAAAAGUCCCCAUCAAUACCGCACUUGCGUUUUCAGACAUUCAAGGUCAAAAGUCAUGAACGUCAUUUAAAUACGAUUGGUUGCCAAACGUAAUUUUCUUCAUUGGUUAUCUGUCAACUAUGAUCGACCGGUUAAUCGCAUUCAAUCAAUGUAAGUCAGUUCAAAUCUAUUUGGCAAAAAGUCUACACGUUUCGUUUUGUGAUUUAAUUAGCCAUCGCGAUGGAUUAGUCUUGUUUUAUUUGCAGUCAAUCGCUUUUGAAAGGUGUUACAGUGACUGUAAAACGCGGUAUAGAUGCUUUAGGAGAAGCAAGUGUGGAAAGAGAAGAUGAUCUUGCAGAAGGUUUAAGGGAUACAGAUUCGGUAACAGUACAUAAAAACUCUUGCAAGGUGUAUACAUAGUAGCAUCUAAAAGUCCCCUCAUUUUUCUCGACAGAAGUGUGGUGACUCGCUUACACAGCACUUGGAUCGCGUAUCAGGCUGACAAUACUUUGCGUGGGUCCCCUUACUAUCGGGAUUGCUUUAGGCGGCCAAUGGACGAGCCCCCCAAGUAUUGUUGGUGCGAGCUGCUUACGAACACGAAGAAAGAAAAGAGAGAGCCAACGAUUAAAUCCUUCGGGCGCGAAAUAAGGUUUUCGGAAAACCCAGUUCGUCGUAAGGGAAACUCGCAUUAAUCCUCGAAUUGGAGGUUGGUGUUCUAAGUUCUAGGGGAGUAGCAUAGUGUCAUCUAAAAGACGACGAGAUGACGAUGCUGCCGGUACAUCUCAGUAUUUUCUUCGCAAAACACGCUCUAGCUUCGGAUCUUUUGAUUUAAAAACUCUGCGUUUUUUUUAUGGUGAAGAAGCCAACGAGGAAACAGAGACAAAAAAAAACUAAGAAAUAUCAAUGUUGAUUAGAGGUUUGACAAUGAGCGGAGAACCACGCAACUUCCUCUUACAACACCAAUCAAAAAGAUUUGUAGGGUCAUGGUGGCUUAGAUGGUUAGAGCGUAGCACCGGCAAUGCUGGGGACGUGCGGGUUCGAAUCCCGGCCAGGACCAAAAUUUCCAAUCCUCCAAUUUUCCUUAGCUUUCAAUUUCAAUUUCCACGCUUUUCGGUUGUUGUAACUGACAAAACUUCAUUCCUUUUUGACCAUGAUUUGUUUCCGCGAUACUCAAAGUGAUAUUUUCAGUAAAGCUUGGUAUGAAAAUAAGAAAUCUCAACCGGCAAAAGAACGCCUUCCAAUUGUACAAACUAUGACCAAAAUUAUCAGAGAAGACAUUCGUUUCAUGACUGUUGAUUGUCAAUCUUAUCCUCCUCCUAGUAGAAUGUUUCAUAAUCUUAACGAAAAUAUCCUACAGAGCCUUUCAUACUUUACUGAAGAAUUAAUUCUGAAAAAAAAAGGCAAAACUGACCAUCUUAAUUGUAAGUGUAAGUGUACCGCUAUUUGUCAUGCUAUUAUCGCUACGAUACGUGCAAGAUCCUUCACAUCUAACCUUUUCUAGAUAUUUUACCAACUCUUGGAUUCAGCGCGUCGUAUAGAGAAACAUUAAUGUAUGAAGUUGCUGCUGUCUACCAUCCACAACCAGAUAUUUGAAACUGGUGCUCUUAUUCAGUAUUCAGCAGACAAUGCAGAUAUCAAUGUCUACACAAUAGAUGGCCACAACACGCUUCACAUUAUGUGGCUUAUUAAAAUAGUAACCAAGCAGCGCCGUUGUUUCUGAAGGAUCCAUGAAGAAAUAUACCAUGUUGUAACGGUCAACCUAUCGGUCGAUACCAAAAUAAACGGCCUCUUGGUGAAACGGGGGACGGAUGAUGACGUAAUCUUUAUGGUCAGUUGCUGAUGCGCAAAAUGGUCCAUGCUCGGGCGCCAAAUUUUUAACGGGUUUUCCUAGGUUUUUCCUUGAGCUGUGGUAGCUUAACAGUCGGUAUUUAUCUUUUGGUUAAUCCAGCGGUAAUCUCGGGCGCCACCAUCAAGAUUAUAGUGGUUCAGGGCCCACUAGCACUAGGUAGCUUGUUACAGUCAAAAAGAAAAAUCAGGGACCAAUGCGCAGAUAAAGGAAUAAAACAACUAUCGAAGAAAUAAGUUCUAGGUUCAUCACCAGUCCCCGAAAGCUUCUAGCGACAAAUUCAGAAUCGCGUGUCUCAGCGGGGUAGAAAGUAUAACUGAUCUAUGUCCGUACGUUCAACUAGGACAUAAGGAUUGCGACUAUCCUGCUGAACUUGUCUGUACAGCCGGGACUUGUCCUGAUCAGUCUACCCACUACCCAACUCUGUUCGGUACGGGGCGCGGUAUUUCGGAGCCAGAACUGAACGGUACAAAUGUUAACACCAAAUACAUUAGGGGCCUCUGCUGUGUUUAAUGUUAACAUUUGUACGUCGUGGAAGAGGGGGCAGAAUACGAGAAUGAAGAUCGCACAUUCUACAUCUAAAAAUCACAACAAGAAAGAUCAUGGAUUGGGCCUACAGUAAAAAUACAAUGUAAAAAAAACGCGCCUUGCAUCUCACCUCUGGAGUGGUGUGGAAACGGGUGCUACCCUCUGUUUUUCUGGCGUAUCAGGUGGAAACGGUUGGUAUGACGUAAAAUAUGCGAAUAACAUUUUCUGAAGAGAAUUUCCCAAUAUUUUUAGCCAAAAUAGUCGUAGGACAUACCGAAAGCAAAAUAUUUAGGAAAAACUCAUUUCUGUGAUAUUUGACCUUGAAUAUCUUUGAACGCAAACAAGAUAUCGGUGGGGACUUUCAAUACAUUAAUUAUUGAGGUAAAAUAAAGGUGUAGACAAAAUUUAGGCCAACUCGGAUUUUUUCAGUAGAUGAAUCCUAAGGAUGAAUCCUUGUAUGACUGUACUAAAUUGGCAUCGCGUAUCAAUGCAAAUACUGUACUAUAUUGAUUAACUUAAAAAUGUGUUUGUUGGAUCUUAGGGAUUAAAUUCAUAAUAAUAACAGAAAGAGAUAAUUGUAAAAGAUUUUUUUUCCUAUAAUGAUUCAGUUUUUCACAUAUUUAUUCCUGAGUAUUUUGAAAUAUAUUGUGGUUUUAAUUCUUUUUAGAUAACUCCAAACUCUCGACUUCCUUCAUAGUUAAAUUGGAUUUUUCAAAUAUGACACUGUUUUAAUACUUCUCUGUUAUACGUACAUAUAAUUUGUUUAAAUAAUUCCUAUUAGUUCCAAAGCCUCGGCUGCUUUUGAAGCAAACUAACAACUAAACUGACCCACCAAACAAUUAUUUAAAAUCCAAAUUCAAAGAUUGUUAAGACUUCAAACACCGUGUAUGUUAAAAUUUUUAGGACAAUCCAUUUUUUUAUGGAUCCAUUUAUUUUUGUGUACCAAUAAAUGUAAACAACAAAGAAAUUUGAAUAAUUUGAUAAUAGGUUCAUCUCUACCAAAAAUAUGAUAAAUUUAACACGUAUGUAGUAUACCUGCUUAAUAAACGUAGGAAAUUAUAUAAAAUGUAAAUUUGAGAAAAUUGAUGAAACACGCUUAUUAUAAUAUAGCUACUUAACUAUAAAAAUUUAGUUUUCAAGUUUGAUUGAUUGCAUAAAAUGCAAUAAACUUUUAUCUUUAUUUUCACUUAAAAGUUGUUUUAGAUAUUAUUGUAAGGUAUCUACUUCAAUUAUUAUUGCUUGUUUAAUGCAUCAAGCAAAAAUGAAAACUCAUCACCAUGUUCCAAGCUCAAGUAUAGAUUAAAUUUGACACAUAUUGCAAACUUGAUCACGUCCCAACACUUUAGCGUUAAUUUACAAGCGAUGAGAACUUUUACAACCGGGAGUUCAAUCACUUAUUCGCGUCUAAGUAAAGAUAACGUCUGAAUAUGUUAUCUUUAACAUACUGUUAUAAAAUGUUACUCGCUAAUUAGUGUUUUUUUUAAAUGUCUUUGAAUUAAUAUAUUUUCAACUUAAUUACAUGCGAAGUUGAUCAAUUAGUUGUCGCUAUAAUUUAAUCAUCAACAGUCAAAUUAUUAGAAAUAAAAUGCUUAAUUGAGUUGUAAUUUUACCUUGCAUUUUUUGGGACUUACACCUCAAUUGAAAUUAAUACCAGAAGUUUCUUGAUUUUGAUACGAAUUACUACAAGCUCUCUGAUUAGAGCAAUUUUACCUAUCAGAAUAUUUUUAUAAAAUAAAUUACUCGAAUCGACUUUUUAUAAGCGAAUCGAGUUUUAUUAUUUUAAUAAUAUAAUACUUGAUUAGGCUCGGUGGUAUGAGUUCUGGAUUUUUUGCUGACGUUUCGGUACCAAAUCUGCUACCCUUGUCGAAGCUUGGGGGAUGGAACACCUAAAAAAUAAAAAAGGCAGAAAAUUGUUCGGUUUUUUCGUAAAAUUGUUUGAAUACUCGAAUUUGAGUUAUCAAGCAAAAAUUACAAAUUUGACUAAUGUCGUGUCAAACUUUUGACAAUAAUCAUAUCUAGGAAAUGGUGGUAUUUUCUAAAGGUGAGAUUUUUAAUUAAUUUUCAAUUUACCUUGGUUUACUUCUGAUUCAAGCAAAGGAAGCCACGUAUUACUAAAUGUAAUUUAGUAAUACGCAAUGCAAGGUAAUAUUAUAAAUCCACCUCAAACAUACAGACUUUUGUUAUAAUUGAGUUGUGUUUUCAUUUUUGCCGUUUAGGUAUCCCUUAUUGCGUGCUGUGUUAUUACAUACCUAUGAUUAUAGGUACUACUUACUUAUUAAUUAUUUGUUAUAUCUAGGUAUCUACCUAAGUACUAGGAAAAAAAACCUUAUUAUAAUGUGAAUAUUUUUAUAUUUAUUAGUGAUACAUUAA